AUGCCAUGGAGGAAAGCAAAGCAACGAGCGUGUCACCGUCCUGCUUUGUGCCAACAUGGAUGGGUCAGAGAAAUUGAAACCAAGUUCAACAAACCUCGGUGCUUCAAGAAUGUAGCUUAUCUACCGCUCAGCUACCGGGCCAACCGGAAGUUGUGGAUGGUAUCCGAUCUUCUCAAUCAGUGGGUUUGCCAUCUUGACAAGAAGUUCACUAGGCAGAAGCGGAAAGUUCUUCUCUUUGUUGACAACUGCGCUGCACAUCCGAAAGUGCCCCACCUGAAGUACAUCACUCUACAGUUCUUGCCACCAAACACAACAUCACAACUCCAACCUAUGGACCAAGGUGUAAUAAGGAACAUGAAGGUUCAUUACCGUCGCAAGCUGCCACAGACUCUUCUGUCUGCCUACGAUGCCGGGGAAACACCUCAGCCCGUCAACAUAUUGGAGACCAUCAACAUGGUACACACAGCGUGGGGAGCCUUCGAGCAAGACUGCAUUGCAAACUGCUUCCGGAAAGCAGGCUUCAUUGACACCACACCAAGAUCACCACCACCACACCAAGAUCAAGACCAAGCGCAAGACCAAGAUCAAGACCAAGAUCAAGACCAACAUGGCCGCCCUGAUAAUAUCUGGGAACGUCUUACCCAACACAUCAACCUGCCAGUCACAUUUCAAGAUUAUGCAUCAGUUGACAUGGAUCUUCAGGUGACAGAUGAGCCAAGUGAGGAGGAGAUUGUUGCCGAGAUAACAUCAGAGAGAGCCAGUAACGAUGGAAAUGACUUUGAGGAGGCCGAGGCAAUGGAAGCAGCGAGGGCCCAGACACAGCAACUGACUGUCCGGCAGUGCAUCAGCAUGAUGACCCAAGUGCAACACUUCAUUUGCACUUGGAGCAACAUGACGGAUGGAAUCUACAUCAGCGCAGCUAACAUCAUGAACUACUUAUCUGAGGAGCAGCAUGGGGCGACCAUCCAGGGAAAGAUCACUGACUUGUAA